GCAGCCGUUUUCGAUUUUUUCUCUUUCAAUCAUCAUUCAGCAGCGGUACACUGAGCACCAACAAUGCAUGUAUAUUUUUUUCUCAACUUAUGCUUUGCUGCUGGCCAGGUAUUUGCAGCGAAUGUGAGCGGCGUUAAAGUGGUCGUCAUUGGCGCCGGAUCGGCUGGUCUCAGCGCGACCCAGGAUCUGAUUAAAGCCGGAUUUGAUGUGACACUUCUGGAAGCGUUGAAUCGCUACGGUGGACGGUUGUGGAGUGUACCUAGUGAAACUGGAUCAGGAUGGAUCGAAAUGGGCGGUCAGUGGGUGCAUGGCGACAACCAUCCACUGUACACUUUUACUCAAUCCAAAAACCUACUAAAGAAAGCAUACGAAGCACCGAAGAAUGCCAAUGGCGAAGAUGGCAGUGAAGAGGAAGAAGAUGACAACAGUAAACCAUGGCUGAUUAAUGCAGAUGGCAGCAAAGUUACAAACUUCCUCACCCACCUUCGCAUGUAUGGAGCGGUCAAUUCGGUGACCUCGGAUGAAUCGGAAUACGAUCAGCUACGACAGCAACGCGACCUUUCCCUUGGCCAGCAUUUUCUCAACUCUUACCAGAAAUUAAGAAAACGGAUAAAAGCUGAAAAUCGUCAAGCAGCUGACGAAAUGUAUGACGUAUUUAUCAGAACCCAAAAGGAAGAUUACGGAGCUGCCAGCUUCUUCGACGUCAGUGUCCAAUCGGCAACCAAUAUUACCCUCGACGGUCCGGACUCCACGGAUCUGAGUGUUCCGUAUACGGACGUGCUAAAAAUGUGGGCACCUGAUGCGGUCGCCCGUGUGCAAUAUAACUCGAUGGUUCGCCAAGUCCGCUUUAACCCAUCGGCCUCGAAACCGAUGAUGGUCGUACUGGCCAAUGGUACACAGAUCAUGGCGGAUCACGUGGUGAUGACCGCGCCCAUCGGGCAUCUCAAGGCGCAUCUCCAUGAAAUGUUCAGUCCAGCGUUGUCUCAACGGAAACAAUUGGCCAUUCAGAGUGUUGGGUUUGGAACACUGGGCAAGGUGCAUCUGGUGUAUGAUAAUGAGUGGUGGACGGAUGUGAUGCCGAGCUACUGGACGUACCUGUACAAUACCGGCAAUGAUAUUAACGUCGACCGAAAUAAAUCAUAUCCGGGCCAACCUUGGACGCGCACUGUAGAUACGUUCAUGGUAGCGCCGACCACCACCAAAACUAUCGUCGUUCUAAUGGGUGGUCAGCAGGCCGUGGACAUGGAACGAAUGUCCGACGCGGAAGUUUCCAAAUCCGUGACCGACCUUUUCCGACAAACUACUGGGAAAAAUCUGCCGGCGCCCAAGAAAGUUUUAAGAGCAAGGUGGUCACAAAACGAUUUAUUCCGGGGAACAUAUAGCCACAUUUCCCUGGAUAUGGUCAAGAAGGGUUUAACCACUAGUGACCUUGCCAGUAGUGAGUACCCCUACCAGAAAACAGGUAACGGGAGAACCGUACAGCUGCCUGGAUUAUUAUUCGCCGGGGAGGCGACCCAUCCAAAAUACUGGCAGAUGGUACACGGUGCCUUGCUCUCAGGUCAACGUGAAGCCAAAACGCUGAAAGAUCUUUACCGCAUGUAGUAAUUAUUUUAUUCUGUCCUUGUUUCUUCGCUUGUAUCUUCGUAACAAUUUUCGGUUUGUUAUCCCAGCUUCUGUAAUAAAUGUUCUGGGUUAACUUGAUGCACACUACAAAAUCAGUGAUACCCCGAUGCGAUACAGUGCGCAAUGUACGAUAUUCAAGCGCCAUAUCGCUCAAAUAUGCAGCGAUAAACGAAGAAAUACAGG